ACCCUGGUGAGGGAAAUGAGUCAAAUCCGAUAUGAACUCGUUAUGACAAUCCAGUCUAAAGAGUCAUGAAAAUGUUUGAAUUGAACUAUUCAGUCUCAGUUCAGGCUUGCAUCUAGCUCUUAUCAACCUGGCCCGUUCACCAUCGUAUACAUGAGAGGGCCACUUUAUUGGGCCAGAUCUUGAAGUAAGCGUCGGGCUCAAUCCGACCCAGCACCGAUUGACAGCAAAACCGCGACACGGAUAUGAUUAUGAAGGCUUCAGCGUAUCUCUCUCCGAUGGCCUACUGUGGAGUCUUCCCAUGUUCUUCUUCCAUCUGCAAUAAGAAUUUUUUGCCACUGCAUCGAAAACAUAUUGUUCUGAGUUCAAGAUUCUUAAAUUUGAAAGUUUAUCCUAGUCAAACGAGAACUUUCAUGGCAAUGGAAGGAAAUGGUGCUCCAGCAUCAAAUGAUGCCUCCAAAGCCAAAAUACCACACGUGUUGACUGUUGCUGGCUCUGAUUCUGGUGCUGGUGCUGGAAUUCAAGCUGAUCUUAAGACAUGUGCUGCCCGUGGAGUUUUUUGUUCUACUGUUAUAACUGCUGUUACUGCACAGAACACUGUUGGAGUUCAGGGUGUAAACAUUGUGCCGGAGGAUUUUGUUGCCGAACAGUUGAAGUCAGUGCUAUCUGAUAUGCAAGUUGAUGUAGUGAAAACAGGCAUGCUGCCUUCUAUUGGCAUAGUCAAUAUUCUUCGUCAGAGUUUGAGGGAGUUUCCUGUUCGAGCUUUGGUGGUUGAUCCUGUCAUGGUAUCUACAAGUGGAGAUGUGCUAGCUGGUCCUUCCAUUCUUUCUUGUUUUCAAGAGGAGCUUCUUCCCAUGGCUGACAUCAUAACUCCAAAUAUAAAAGAAGCAUCUGCUUUACUUGGUGGCACGCCCCUUAAAACAGUUGCUGAUAUGCGCUCUGCUGCGAAACUUUUGCAUGCUAUAGGUCCUCGAAACGUACUUGUCAAAGGUGGUGACCUCCCUGACUCUUUGGAUGCGGUUGACAUUUUCUUUGAUGGCAAAAACUAUCAUGAGCUGCGCGCAUCUCGCAUAAAAACUCGCAACACCCAUGGUACUGGUUGCACUUUGGCAUCAUGCAUAGCAGCUGAGCUGGCAAAAGGUUCCCCAAUGCUCUCAGCUGUUAAGAUAGCUAAACGAUAUGUUGAGACUGCCCUGGAAUACAGCAAAGACAUUUUCAUUGGAAAUGGGCGUCAAGGCCCCUUUGACCACCUUUUAAAGCUUAAGAAUGGUAUUCACAAUUGUAGACAAGAGACAUUCAAUCCAAGUGACUUAUUUUUAUAUGCUGUUACGGAUUCUCAAAUGAAUAAAAAGUGGGGACGAUCUAUGGUGGAUGCCGUUAAAGCCGCAAUAGGAGGAGGUGCAACCAUUGUUCAGGAGAAGGACGCAGAGACAAGGAGUUUUUUGGAAACAGCCAAGGCAUGUGUUGAAAUUUGUCAUUCCCAUGGAGUGCCUCUAUUGAUAAAUGACAGAGUUGAUGUAGCCCUUGCGUGUAAUGCCGAUGGGGUGCAUGUUGGUCAAUCUGACAUGUCUGCUCUUGUCGCCCGCACUCUUCUUGGUCCUGAAAAGAUAAUUGGCGUAUCAUGCAAAACACCCGAGCAAGCUCAACAAGCAUGGAUUGAUGGUGCUGACUACAUUGGUUGUGGUGGUGUAUAUCCAACAAAUACAAAGGCAAACAAUACCACUGUUGGUUUGGACGGGUUAAAAGCUGUUUGUUUGGCUUCUAAGUUACCAGUGGUCGCCAUUGGUGGCAUCAAUGCUUCAAAUGCAGGUGCUGUGAUGGAAACCAAUGUAUCAAAUCUGGAAGGUGUUGCAGUUGUUUCAGCUCUAUUUGACAAGGAAAAUGUUGCGGACGCGAGCAGGAAUAUGCAUGCUAUAUUGAAAGAAGCAACAUCCAAGGUAAAAUGACGCAUAUACCAGUAGUUUUCUUUCAGUAAAUUCUCUGGUAAUGUUCAUGUCAUUCUAGCUGUUUGUUUUAGUAGCGUAUAAACUUGAAUUGCAAUGAUUAAUGUGUCUUAUGAGUUGAUAAAGAAUGGGAAUAGAAUUUUAGAGUUCGCUUAUUUGAUUGUUUCAGAUCCUUUUUUGUUUAAUAAUUGAGAGAUUUGUCUAUAAUUCAAACAACUUUGGUGUCUCUCAAGAGGCCUAAUAGUGAUUUCGUCAUGGACAAAUUGCUUCA